AUGUAUUGUGUCGCUCGCCUCCCCCCCCUCCCCCUCUUUUACGUUUUCUUCUGCUUUGUUUGGUGUUUGCUUUCUUCUUACUUUGGCGUGGUUUGCCAUUCAUCCGCAUCCGUCACAGACUCGUAUCUGGUGCUUCCCGCUUCCGCCUCUGCUGCUGAUUGUGUUGUUGCUGGCUUGUCGUAUACCUCCUACUCCUGUCUUCCCUCUCCGCCUCUUCUUCUUCGUCGUGUGUGUGUGUGUGUGUGUGUGUGUGUGUACGUCUUUCAUCGUUAUUUUAGUGUUGCGUGCGUAAUACCUCCGGCCGUCGCGGCCUUAUUUCUUGCAUUUCUUUGUAGAGUGCGGGCAGGAAGGUGUAUGUGUGUGUGUGUGUGUGCGCGCGCGCGCGUGCGUGCCAGCUUGAUGCCGCAUCCAUCGCCAUCCUCGCCCAGCGAUAUAGUAGCACCACCAGCGACGGCCUCCACGUCCUUGUCGGCCUCGCAGGGGACGGUGUUCGGCAGCGCGUGUGGCGAUGCCGACGAGUGCAGCAGUCGGCGAGCCGGCAUCGGCACAUCUCUGACCAGCGCAACAGAUGCGCAGCAGCGGAUGCGAGGAAACCCAAUGGUCGCCCCACUGCCGGGCCCGACGACGGUGCAGUUAAGCUUCGCAGAGUCCCACGCCUUUGCCAUCGCGGUACCGUCGGACACGGAGGCCGGCAAGUCACUAAGCAGCUCCUCCACUCUCCACCCACGAGGGCGAUGGGGUCACGCGCACGGCGAUACGGCGGGUGCCUCUACGUCGAGAGAGGCUAUGAGUAUCAACGGCGUCAAGAGUAGCAAGAGCACUGGAUGUGGCGGCGGUAGAAGCACUCAUCCUGAAGCUCCGCAGGCGCUCGGACAGGUCUCUGAGACGCAGAACACCGCAUCCCUCAUGUCUCAGCGCACAACCUCCCCGCCCGCCACGCCGUCCACUGCCGCUGGCCCCUCUGAGACAAAGACCGUAAAUCACCACCCCGCACGCAGGUCACACAUCAACAAAAACGCUGCUGAGGCUGGUGUUCGGCGGACAGGCCGACGUCUUUCCUGCGCAGCAGCCUCCACGUCUUCCACAACGGCCACAUCGACGCCUGCGCUCUGUCGGAGACAGAGCAUGAUCGCUUCCAUGAUGCCGUCCGCGCAGCAUCGACAGCGGCGGCGUCUUUCCUCUCCGGCAUCCUCAGCGCCGUCACUGACUGCGCAGGAUGCAUCUGCCAUGAACCAGCGCGAGGUGAAGACAAGCGCCGCGUCUGGCCGUGCUUGGGUGGCGCUGACGACGACGGCAGUGCCAGCCAGCGAGAGGUCGCGUUCACCAGCUGCACAUGGCCGCGAAGUGACCAAGGCGCAAACAGAUGAGAUCGCUGGUAUGUCUGAGGCGUUCACCGAAAUCGCGUCGGCCGCUGCGGGUGCUGGAGCGAAAGACCGGCAGAGUGCGUGUGUAGAGGACCACACCUUGUCCUCCGCAGAGGAUGGUGACGCCGGCAGAGGAAGCAGUGCAUGUACGCGCAGCCCCGCUGCUUCUGCGGAUGCCUCCGUCGCCGUUGUUGCUGCGACAACUCGCCAGCUGCGCUUGUUGCACGAGAGCCGCGCCAGCAGUCGUAGCGCCUCCACCGCGUCGUCGGCGUCGCCGACAAGGCUGCACACGCGUCCGCUACCCAUGCACUUCAGCAGCCGCUGCUGCCACGGUGCGCACCGAUGCGCAGAUGAGAGCACAUUCGCCUUGGCUUGCGCAGGCGGUGCCAACGACGCGCAAGCACUGGCAUCGCCUUUAACGCCAAGCGUUUUGUGCGCCUUCGCACUUCCACAUUACCGACACCAUUCUCAAGUGCAGCAAGCAUCAAGCCCGUGCAGCGAGGAUGGCAGCUCGAUGCCCUGGCGCGAGAACCGCUGCGGCUUCCCCAGGGUCAAGCAGGUGUCAGCCAUCACCGCUGAGGAAACGCAGGAACCCUGUGUGACAGACCACCACAUCUCGCAGCCAGCGGCCUUCCCAGCCACCGUGGCGCGAGCGUCAUCGUCAGCAGUCACCGGCCGACUUUCUGCGGAGGGUGUGAACGCGGACGCCGCGGCAGCGGCGUGGCGGGUCGACUCUGCGAUGCGCACGUCUCCGCCGGCACCGCUGCACGCCUCUUUUGACGGCUUCGCCCAAUCGUCGGCUGCGGUGUCGCCGCUGUCGGCGUUUUCGGCCGCACAAACAGCACCCCGGCCAGCAGCAGCCGAAAGGUGCACGGCUGACCACUGCAUGGUCCGUGUGCAAGCCAGAAAGGACGCCUCAACCCACAGCAAGCCAUGGUUCUCGCCAGCGCUAGAGCGGCAAGUGCGAGCAGCAGCAGAAGCAGCAGCAACGAUCGCCGGGUUCGGCGAUGACGAGUACUCUUUGGGCGCCCAAGGUGAGCACGCGGAGCUGAGCAUUCCGGCUGCAAAGUUUUCCUCGAUCAACUCACCAAGAGCCAGCGAUGCGCCACCACAAGUGUCGACGUUGUCGUCCUUUGCGCGGGGUGGUGACAUCACGGCACGAGGAGCUGGCUCGCCCAUCUUGCCGGACGGGCCGCCAUCGGUGGAGAAGGCACGCGCCGCCAGUGGGCACCCUUCUACUUCGCUCGAGCUGGAAGGGAACGGCAGCGCAGUGAUCCGCGCAGCAGCCGUGGCGGCGGAGGCAGAGGGUGGCGCGCCGCAGCCUGUAUUGUCAUCGUCGCCGACACCCCGGAGCGGGGUGUCAAUGAUUGCUGUCCCUGCAGCAGCCUCCGUGUCGCAGCUCAGUCACACGCCAGCCGUCAUGCUCACAACGUCUCUCUUGGGCUUCUCCUCUCGUAGCCCAACACCUGUCGCGAACUCCUGCGCUACCCCGAUCCCGCCGCCGUGGCACCCGCUCCACCCCAUGCUGCCCCUCCAGCAGCUGAGUGCAGGGUCCACAUCCAGUAUCUACGGCGACCCAGGCAGCGGAGACGCUGUUGUUGGCGGCGUUGGCAGCAACAUCAGCGCAUCAACGACGCGAUCGCCGUUACCGGAGUGGUCACGAUUGCGCGCACUUCCGCUGCAGCCAGCAUGUAUGCCUGCAACGCGGACGUCAGGGGAGGGGCACAGGGCAGACAGCUCGAGUCGCAUGAACAUCAGUUGCGACGGCGGUGGCGUCCCUCCACCGUAUCAGUCCGUACCCUUCCCCCUGUCCUAUUCCGCAUGGAAGAGUGGGGGCCCCAGGCAACCCGAAUCACCGUCUCCUUCGCGGUCGCUCUCACAGCAGCUCAGUGGCGGUAUUGGUGGUGCUGGAGGUGAUAGCCCUGAAGGAGUCGCUGGGGCCGUGGGGCAGCACCAGCAUCAGCCACCGGCUUGCCGUCUCACCGCUUUCAAAGGGCUGUCCGUGGCCAGCCACGCGCAAGCUGGCUUCGCCUCCGUGACGGCCGACAGCGAUGGAGCGAUGCUGCAGGCAACGUCGGUGUCGCCACCGCCGCCGUGGCAGCAUCGGAAGAGCCACAGCGGCGACAUUUUCGCCCCCACCACCACGGCGGAUCGGCCGCCGAUGAUUGCGCUCGGCCCUGUGGUGCGGUCGUGGCCGCACCAGCGCACCAGCAGCAACGUCAGUCUCCUCAGUAGCAUCGCACACUCGCAGCUCGCCAGCGGCGUCGGCGGCGGCAACGGCAGUGACACGACCACCAGCACGCCGCCCCCACUUCCCAUGGCGAUAGCAAGCCUGGGCGUGGCCCCAACGCUCGGCACCUUCAGCGCGUCGACCACCACCGGGUUUGGCCCGGCUCCCUCCUGCAUUCUCGCUGCUGGCCCUCGGAGUGCCUCCAUCAGCGACAAGGCGUACGUGCACCCCCUGACGACCUCCCCACCGCUCCGACAUCGCCGUUUCGGAUCGACGUCGUCGCUGUCCUCGAUGAGCGCCUUUGCCUUCAACGAUGCCGGCACGGCUCCAGUGAUGCACAGUGGAGUGCGGUGCCGCGCGGCGGAGCGCGUGCCGCCGUUCACUGCCAGCAGCACCCCCAGAAAUCGCUUCGGUGGGCGGAUGGACGGCGGGGCCGAGAACGACGCGGACAACGUGGUGCACGGUGACAAGGGUGAGGACUACCUCGAGGGCGGAGGCGCCGACUCUUGCAAGGCCUCCCAAGGCUGGAACGGCAGGCUUUGGCGAGGCACCUCCAGUGGCUGCGGGGGCGGUGCGCACUGCUGUGAGAAGCCUGUGCGGCUGAAGCCCGGGACCGCUAUCGAGACCGCCAUUCAAGCAGGCGUCUACGCACGCCACCCAUCGUGCGUGUCCCUCUUUGCCGGCGGCGGUGGCGGUGGCGCGAGUACCGGUUUCAGCCGAGCAGGGGUGGCUAACACCGCCGCGGCAGCAGCGCAGACGGGCGACGACGGCUGCUGGCCUAGCAGCGAGGACCUGAUGACAUGGCUGUCGUGUGCAGCGAGCUUUACAGCGUCUUCGACGUCAGCAUCGACGACGUAUGCCUCGUCCUCUUUUGGCACCGUUCCCUGCGAUGGGGAGCAUGUGAGGCACGGGUGUUCGCAGCACCAGCACGGCAGCCGCGAUGGCGGUGACGACAGCCGUUGUGAUCCAUCGGCAGAUGCCGAGGAAAGCGAGGACGGGCUCGCCGUGUGCACCCUCUACGCUGCGGCACCGCGGCACUACCACUACCGCCGCACAGUGGAUGUGCCUGCCUCAUGCGACGCGGUGCUUCAGAGGGGGCGUGUGAAGCGCCACCACCGCUACGUGCGGGUUCACCACCCACGACGCCAUCAUCGCUCCCUCUCGAACUCUCCAGCCAUCGGCAGGGACGUGGUAGAAGGGGCGGAACAUGCGCAUGCUGCGAGACCUCUCCCAGCCUUCACAACGGACGUUAACAGCACCGCCGCGCUGCCUCUCCUCAAUGUCGACCCGGCAGCGAACGAGAACGUGAACGCAGGCAUACAUAAUGGCCGCGGUCAGCAGCCUGCGGUGGCAGCGUUACCCGGCACACGCGUCUCGUACAGCCCCCACCUAUCCACCUCUUCCCUGCUCUAUUACGACGAUGUCUACAGCGACGACUUGGAUGAUGUCUACUAUCAGAUAGAGAAGCGUCUGUUCCCCGUCGCCGACGAAGCAGGGCAGAGCCUCUGCAGAACCUCCCGAUCAUCGCCACCACCGCCACAGGCACCUGCCGCUGCCGCAUCAACAUCCCCGCUAGGCAACACAAGGGAGGCACCCCACGACGGCUCCGACGAGUCAUCUAUCGACGCGCUCUUCACGGUGCUGAAUGUGCCGCUUCGCCUCAACCUGCGCGGUGGCUUUCAUCUCUCCGACUACUAUGCCCCCUGCCCCGUGUGCCACCCAGCCAUGCGAACGGCGGCAGAAGACACGGCCUCAGGCUUGGAUGCAACGGCAAGCAGCUGCAGCUGCAGUUGUUGCUCGUGCCGCUGCUCGUCCGUCUGCUUCCCCGCCAAAAGGCAGUCCACCUUGUCAUCUCGAGCGACGUCGCGGAUGUCGGGUGGCACCUCGCCUGACUCCACGCAGCUCAUCUUCUCCGACGCCUCCGCCAAGGCCUCGGUGUCUGGGUCUGCUAUUGGACUGCGUCAGACAACGCCGCCGCCACCACCUCCAGUUCCUGCGGCGUUGGCAGUUCGGCAAUCAGGACUAUCAUCGGCAGCCACGGCGGCACAGCCCUGCGGUGUCGGCGGCGCCUUGAACUCGCUCCCCCGGCGGCAUGGAGACGUGGCCACGACAGGCGAUGCGAGGCGGCGAGAACGAAAAGCGACGGCAGCGGGGGCGGCCGGAAGUCACAGAAACACCGCUGCAGGUGAGCUGGUGCUCUCCACAUUCACCGCACGGUCCGGCCGCUCCUGUGCAGGCGGCGCGACCGACAAGCCGCGGCCACCGUCCAAGUUGAUGCAAGGGAUUCCUCCAGCACCGGCAGCAGGCAACGAUAUCGAGGACAAGGUACGCGACCUCAAGGAUGGCAGCAGAGGGACGCGUGGCGGCGGCGAUCCAGGUCGGCUGCCGCCGCCGUUAGUAGUUACUGCAGCACACCGGCACUCACGCUACCGGCGGCAGCGAGCGCGGCACCCGCCCGCAGUCGUCACGGCCCGCCGUCGGCAAGCGCAUCAUCGCGGCAGCGGAGCCGGAGACGGUGCGUUGCGCUCGCAGUACAGCCGGCUCAUGCGGCAACGCCUCCUGUGCGUGCGCGUCAACGACAAGAUCACCUACAUCGACCAGAAAGGUGCAACCUGCGCUGCACGCCUCCUGGCUGGUGCAGUCCUGCUGGCUGAGAAGACGAAGAGGAAGGAGGCGGAGAGGGAACGGCGGCAUCGUGCGGCAGCCGUCGACGGUGGGGCUUCUGGGGCCGCCGCAACAGUAGCCAGCAGGGGCGCGCCGACGGAGACUUCUAGCGCUCCGCCAGCGUCGCAGCUGCCGCAGCAAGCGGCGGCCUAUCGCCGUCACCGCCGCUGUCGAAACAGUCACCACCACCGUCACCAAUGUCACCACACGCAUGGCGAGCUCUGCUGCUACGCUGGGGAUCAGCGGCCGCAGCCUGUGGAACGCCAGCGACAGCCAUCGGCGUUCUCCACUGAGACUGCACCAGGCGCGCGAGGCAGCAACGAGAGGGUCGUCCCCGCUGACGGCGGCGGCUAA